CCAAAAUCUAAAAAUUUGCAAAAAAGUCACCCACGAACGUAACACCGAAUAUAAGCAACGAUGACUUGUGAAUCUAUAUCUCUGUUACUAACUUCUAAUAUUUUUUCGCUUAAAAAAACAACUAAUAUCAUUUAAUUAUUUUUCUUUCCCAUCUUUGCUUUUUCUUUGCGAGGUCGUGGGUGUGGAGCUGCAAGCGGAAUAGUGAAGACCUUCAAGAUUAAGCAACACAAUCAAGGAUUAAUAAUGUCAUGUCAGUAACGGUGUGGCUACCUGCUUAUACUAAAAUUUCCCUAAAACUCAGUAGUUCAGCGGUGACACCCUUUUACAAGCAAAACACAAAUAGUAGUAUCUUGAAAUGUUCACCACAACUGCAAUUGCAAUUGCAAUUGGGAUUCAAUCCCUCUCAACGCGACAUUUUCACGAGAUGCUAUUGCAAAAUGAAAGAGCGAGAAACGCCUUUUUCAUCACCGUUGCGGCAAGAGGAUGAUAGUCCAUGGGAGAGUGGGGGUGUAUGGAGCAAUCUUGCUUUGUAUUUAUUCACUCUUCAUAUCCCUCUCAGUUUUGGAGGCUUAUCUGUUGUUGCACUGCUCACAGGACGACAACCUCUUCACCCACAAACUCAGGCUUUAUCACUUCUUACCAUUCAAGUUCUCGAGUUUAAUGCAGCUCUCGUUUUAUUGAAGUACACGGCUAAGCCACAAUAUAAAUUUUCAAAUUUCUUCAAGAAUAACAAGUUAUUGAGUGACAGGAACUGGUAUUUGUCAUCAGCUCUGGGAUUUGGGUUUCUUGUUCUUCUGGUUUGUCUAUCAUCACUAGUUGCUGACAGAUUAUUUGGCUUUGAGGCUGUUAGCAACCCUACACUGAAGGAGAUUCUCCUGAACAGUGAUAUCUCAAGAGUUUCUUGUGUGGUUGCUUAUUGCAUUGUCACUCCUCUUUUGGAAGAAGUUGUUUAUAGGGGAUUUCUAUUGACAUCACUUUCUUCUACCAUGAAGUGGCAGAAAGCUAUAGCCAUAAGCUCUGUUAUAUUCAGUGCAAUUCACUUCUCUGGUGGUAACUUUGUACAGUUGUUCAUCAUUGGGUGUGUCCUUGGAUGCUCUUAUUGCUGGACUGGAAAUUUGAAGUCUUCCAUUGUUAUUCAUUCUUUGUACAAUGCUUUGACCUUAAUAAUAACUUAUUUUUAUUAAAUUUUAUGCAUAGGAAUCAAUGAGCAAAGUUCUUGACAUAAAUUCUUUAUUUUAUCAUCUUUUGUUAACAUACUAACAUUGUUAUGGCUUUUCUAUAGUGAACAAAAGUAAAAUAGUGUUGCAACA